AGCGCCUUCCUGCCUGGCUCUCCCUCCCCGCGGUGGCCUUGACUCGUCUUUGCAGCUGCGUUGAGGCGCCUCCUGCCAUCCGUUGAAAUAGCAACACAGAGACCGUUCCACCUGUAAUAUAUCCACAAUAGUCAUUUGUGUGCCGGGUCCUGUGCAUUUCACAGAAGAGGAGUAUCUGCUUUGCUGGAACCUGACCAGAGAUCUCUGAAUCGGGGAGUCAUGGAAGAGAUCUAUGGGAUUGAGGCCUCUCAGGAAGGUGAUCAGUCUGAAACCGAGAAUAAUGGAGAACAACCUGCGACAGAGGCAGAGGAAAAAGGCAGCUGUACUGGAGAGAAACCAUAUGAAUACAUGGAAUGUGAGAAGAACUUUGGAGAAAACUCCACCCUCUCUUCACAUCAAGAAAUUCCCACGGAGGAGGAACCAUACCUCUCUUUUGAAUGUGGAGGGGACUUCGGAGAUGACAGCCUUUCUUCUCCUCAGAUAAUUCCCACGAAGGAGAAACCUUAUAACUGCAAGGAAUGUGGAAAGAGCUUCUCUCGGAAGUUACGUCUAACGAAUCACGAGAGAAUUCAUACAGGGGAGAAGCCGUUUCAAUGCCUCGAGUGUGGCAAGUGCUUCAUACACAACUGCAGCCUGUCCUACCACAAAAGGAUCCACACAGGGGAGAAACCCUACAAAUGCUUGGAGUGCGAGAAAAGCUUCACUCGGAAGAUAAUUCUCACUAAUCAUCAGAGAGUUCACACCGGGGAGAAGCCGUACAAGUGUUUCGAGUGCGGGAAGAGUUUCACUCGGAAGGUGAUCCUGGCAAACCACCAAACGAUUCACUCCGGGGAGAAACCGUUCAAAUGCUUGGAAUGUGGGAAGAGCUUUACUCUGAAGGUGCACCUUACCGCACAUGAAAGAAUCCACACAGGGGAGAAGCCGUAUAAAUGCCUGGAGUGCGGGAAGAGCUUCAGCCGGAACUCCAACCUCGCUUACCACCGGAGAGUCCACACAGGGGAGAAACCCUAUAAAUGCUUGGAGUGCGGGAAGGGCUUCAGAAACAGCACAAAUCUGACUUACCACCAGGAAAUCCACACCGGGGAUAAGCCGUAUAAGUGUUUGGAGUGCGGAAAGUGUGUCAGACGGGCGGCGGAUCUUGUCAACCACAAGAAAAUCCACACCCAGGAGAAACCCCAUAUGUGCUUGCACUGUGGGAAGUGCUUCACUCUGAAGAAUUACCUCAGACGUCAUCAGAGAAUUCACACAGGAGAGAAACGGUAUAAGUGCUUUGAGUGCGGAAAAUGCUUCACGGAGAAGACCACGCUCACCAAACAUCACCGAACGCACACAGGGGAGAAACCGUACGAAUGCUUGGAGUGUGGAAAGACCUUCACUCAGAGCUAUUCUCUCAGUCUCCAUCAGAGAAGUCACACCUCCAUGUUUGGAGUGUGGGAACAGCUUUCUUCGCAACUCCAGCCUUUGUUCCCGCCACAGAAUCCAUACAGCGGAGAACCCAUAUAAAUGCUUGGAAUGCGGAAGUAGCUUCAGUUUCAAGAAAAGUCUCCCUUCCCAUCAAAUACUUCCUGGAACAGAGAAACUGUAGAAAUAGUUGCAGAGACCUUACCAAGAAGCAGAAACUUCAGUAAUUAAAGGACACACAGUUGGGGGGUUGAGAUUACAUUAAAGCUGGGGAAAGCUGGUAAGAAUUCUCAGAGGGUAGGAUCCAUAUAAAUGCCAGAAAAGUUGAAAUCCUUCCACCACAUUCACCUUCCCAACUCCCCCUCCGCCACCAGAAAAUUCAUAGAGCUAUGAGAAUAACUGUCAAUGCUUUGAAGGUUGAAAGAGCUUCAGAAAGUUUCAGCCUUACCUGGGAUUAAAGAGUUCUCACAGGGGAGAAACCAUAUAAACCAUAAACCAGCAACCUUUUUCAGCCGUGGGUCGGUCCACCAUCCCUCAGACCACGUGGUGGGCCGGACUAUAUUUUGAAGAAGAAAAUGAACAAAUUCCUAUGCCCCACAAACAACCCAGAGAUGCAUUUUAAAUACAAGGACACAUUCUACUCAUGUAAAAACACGCUGAUUCCCGAGGUGAUUGGGCCGCAUCUGGCCCACAGGCCUUAGGUUGCCUACCCCUGAUAUAAACGCGUGUGAAAACGAGGACUUUGAUUUGCAAGAUGUCGGUGACCAAAUGGGAUCCAAGAAGCUAAAAAAAAAAUUCCACCUAGAAUGUUUUAUUUAUACAUGCAGCAGAAGAACAAUGGGUGUAAUCUGUUUAUAAACCAUGGAAGUAUAGAAAGGGAAUCAUAGAAUCAUAGAGUUGGAAGAGACCACAAGGGCCAUCCAGUCCAACCCCCUGCCGAGCAGGAAACACCAUCGAAGCAUUCUUGACAUAUGGCUGUCAAGCCUCUGCUUAAAGACCUCCAAAGAAGGAGACUUCACCACACUCCUUGGUAGCAAAUUCCACUGCCAAACAGCUCUUACUGUCAGGAAGUUCUUCCUAAUGUUUAGGUGGAAUCUUCUUUCUUGUAGUUUGAAUCCAUUGGUCUGUGUCCACUUCUCUGGAGCAGCAGAAAACAACCUUUCUCCCUCCUCUAUAUGACAUCCUUUUAUAUAUUUGAACAUGGCUAUCAUAUCACCCCUUAACCUUCUCUUCUCCAGGCUAAACAACUGCAAACUAUAUAUAAAUGAAUCUUGGGAGAGGGAAAGAUAAAAGAAACGGUGGGUAAAAUAAAACACGAUGAAUAAAAUGGGAAAGCGAAGACUGAAAUAAACUGUAUUAAGAUAACCUGGUGAAGCAGCUGUUAAAUGGAAAAUUAAAAUUGACUGACUUCAUGGGGCCUCUCAUUAAAGCUUACCAAACUGCCCUAGCUACAUACCCUCUUAGUUUAAAAGAAGAAUAUCUAGCAAUCUAGAAUGCAAUUCUGUGGAAAAAAGGCUCUGGUGGUUUUAGAUGCUGAUAGUAGAUAUAGAAAUAGAAUAAGGAAACUGUAUAUAAUCGAAAGGUUUGUGAACUGAAUCUCCCGCCUCAAGAGGCCAACUUGUGGACAGGGGACAGUCUUGUCUUAUUUUUCCUGGUGGAGUUUGGACAGGUCAGUGUGCGGCUGCACUGAGAAUACCCCAGCAUCUCCCCAAAGAUCAAAUGCGGGAGCAAAAUCUGUGGGAAUGUGAAUGCUGGGACCCGGGAGGCCUCUCCACCUUAUGCUUAGGCUGCGUAUAUAUGUAAAUAAAACCGUAUAUCCGAAACACAGCACUGUCCCCAAAAAUCUUAAUGCUCUUAAACAUUUUAAAAAUGUCUUAAAUAAUCCUUUUCUAAUGUAGACGGAGAAGCAGAUGUUUUUCCCCUUUAUCUUUGGUGUUUCUUAUAGCUUUGUUCUCCUCCCUCCCUCUUUUUUUUCUUUCCCUCUUUCCUCUCUUAUAUUUCCGAUUCUGUUUGUUCUAGGUAUUAUUUCAUUGUAUUGUGAAAACUUUAAUAAAAAUCAAUUUUAGAAACUUAAUUCUCUUCCACAUUUUUGCAGGGUUUUUGUUUCUGAUCAUAUUCCUGCUUCAAAAUCAGUGUCCCUCUCCUGUGUUUCUUACGCGAUUGCCCACACAUGUGGUUACUAUUGGAUUUUGGAUUUUGGGCAUUGCAGGGCUCGGUGUCUCUGUUCGUGGAGCUGGAGAUCAAGGGGAGCAGAAGGAAUUGUUAAAGUUCACCCCCCUCUUCCCCUUCCUGUUCAUAGGACUUCCAGUUGCUCAGACUGAGAUCUAGUGGCGAGGUGAGAUGGCUUUGAUGCAAAUCAUUUGGCGCUUUAGGGAGGACAUUCCACAGAAGAGGGGCUGCCACUGAAAAGGCCCAGUCAACACCGAGUGGGUGGCCCUCCCUAGUGGCACUAAUGUGCCCACCUGUUGCUCUUCAGGUCCAAGAUGGUUGAUAUUGGGAUUCUUCUUUUUUGGCGAUCACUCGUAGCCAAGUAAGAUUGUCUUCCAUAAACACGGUUUUUAACAAUGAGUCCGUAAGUGACUGUGGAGGCCAAUUCUGGAUCCACAUGUCCUUCCACAGUGGGGACAUUGGUUUCUGGGCAGGAGUUGAUCACGGUGUGGAUUUGCCAAGCAUGCCUUCCUCUUAGCACAUUUCUCCCUUGCGUCCUGAGUUCGAGUGUUUUCAAAGCCCUCUUUCAGGAACAUGGGUCCCAAGCCAUUUAGGGCUUUUAUCUUCUUUGGCGAUCACUUGUAGCCAAGUAAACACAGUCUUCCAUAAACACAGUCGUAACAGUGAGUCCGUAAGUGACUGUGGAGGCCAAUUCUGGAUCCACACAUCCUUCCCCAGUGGGGACAUAGGUUUCCGGGUGGGAGUUGAUCAUGGUAUGGAUUUGCCAAGCAUGCCUUCCUCUUAGCACGUUUCUCCCUUUUGUCCUGAGUUCGAGCGUCUUGGCUGUUCUCCAGUUGGAGUGCUCGCAGGCCAGUGUUUCCCAGUUGUGGGUGUUUAUACUACUAUUUUAUUUUGCCUUGAGACAGUCUUUAAACCUGUUUUGUUGACCACCAGCAUGACACUUUCCAUUUUUAAGUUCAGAAUAGAGUAGUUGCUUUGGAAGACAAUUAUCGGGCAUUCGCACAACAUGACCAGUCCAACGAAGUUAAUGUCGAAGAAUCAUUGCUUCAACACUGGUGAUCUUUGCUUCUUCCAGUACACUGAUAUUAGUUCGCCUGUCUUCCCAAGUGAUGUGUAAAAAAAUUCGGAGACACCGUUGAUGGAAUCUUUCGAGUUGGAGAUGGCGUUUAUAAAUGGUCCUUGCUUCACAGGCAAACAGUAAGGUUGGUAGCACAAUAACUUUGUAAACAAGCAUUUUGGUUCCUGGUCCUCACUCUCUCUGCACUUCAAUCAGGAGAGAGCUGCAGAGCUCAGGUGAGUCUAUACAGGCAGUCACCUGUGCACAGAUAACUGAGGCCAGGCUACAUUGAUCCAGCGGUCUGAUUCAGAGCAUCUUCGACCUAUUGCAUCAAAGGGCGAAAGAGCAGGAAAAUAUUUUCUUUUCCUUGAAGAAAGUCCCUAAAAUGCAACCAUCUUUCAAACAAUGGGCAUCAGGCUAAUACCAGAAAAUAUUAAUUUUUUUAAAAUUUUCACAACACAGAAAAACGUUAAAAAUGGAAUUCGUUCAAUGGACUUUAUUGCCAAAAAGCCACUUUCAAAGACAUUCGUCUGCUAUAGAGGCUGGGCUGGCACGUUUCAAGAUGUUAAUGUUAAAACAAUUUGAAAUCAAACUCUGCUGAGUCAUGUGUUACAUGAAUGAUGGGUCCUGGUGAGCUGUGAGAUGAUGGGAUUUCUGGGUGGGGGACUGAAGAUUCACAAAAGUGCUAAAACAGCUUGGAGUCUUCUCUGCCAGCUUCCUCCAACUAUUUUUGCAGGGCUCUCCCACAAAGAGGCAAGGAGUCUGAUGCCUCAGAAGAGCACCAUCUCUGUGCAAUACCUGUUUCCUCCUGGAGCUUUGGUGGCAAUCUCUCAUGGAUGCUUUAGCUGUUAUUCCUCCAUCGCAAGGGGUUGGACUAGAUGUCCCUUGGGAGUCCCUUCCAACUUUAAGUUUCUGUGAUUCUAUCCUUAAAACUCUUGGCACCCAGAACUGGACACCACAC